UGACUAAUGCAAUGUAGCUUUUUGUUGUUGUUUAUAGUUUGAAAUCAAACGAAUAUGCUUGUUUUUUUUAGUCCAACGGUAUGGGAAUAUGUAUUCGGACAUAGUUACUUCCGUAAAUUGCAGCUUCCAUUAUGUUAUUAUAUUGUUAGUCAAACCUUCAGCAGAAUAAAAGCACAUGUGUAUAUACGACCCAUCCACAACCGUCUUUGUGGUUAUUAUGGUACCAAUUAUUGGGCACAUUUGCGAAACCCCACCUCACGACUGUUCCGUCCCAGUUCGGCUGUACAAUCCUCUUAUUGAUGUGACGUAUCUACGUUGCUUUAUUUAGUGUUUUCGCUUUCGUUUUAUUACGUGUACUGUAUAUGUAAUUAGCAUGAUCUAGACGCAUUUUUUGCGUUUUAUUAUCAGUUUCAAAGUAUCCGGCAUCUUAUGACACUUUUGCACAUUACGAGUACGUGCUGCAUUUAUUGUUGGAUUUGUUGGCAAGUAAACAUUGCCGGGCGUUCAAUAAAAUGACUAUACCUUUAUUUUGACCGGGACAGGGCAAUCUAAAGAAUAAGGAUAAUAAAAUAAGCGGCUUCUCAAUUUAUUAUAACUUUCUUUUAUUGCAUUGCGAUGAUGAAAUAAUAUCUUGAAACUGUAUUUAUAAAUUUUGAUUAUGUAUUUGCAAAAUAAAAAUAUUAGCGAGGAAACUGUAAGAUUUUCAUUUUUUGUGCCUUGAUUUUCUAGAGUUAAAAAAAUCUCAAAAUUAUUUUUGCAUCUCAGUUACCCCUUAAAAGUUUGGAAUUAAACAAUGCGAUCGUCAGAUGCGUAUACCUCUAAGUAUGUUACCUAUUAAGAGGUGUAGCAGGAAAAGGAACGCCGCUAACCCAGUGGCCAACUGAGAGGUGACAUCGAACGAUUACGCCCGCCGAGCCUCCAUUCCGUACCGGUAUCUGCGCUAACACACACCGCGACCAGACCACGCGCUCACGCGCUUAUACCACCCGGACUAUAGCUUCACAAUGGACUCAACGAUACCACGCGUCAUACUCAGCAUAGUUCUGGCCACAUUGCUGCCAAUGGCGUCUCCCCACCAAGGCCAAGCGAAGGAGAACAUCCCCCACUCCAGGCAGAAGAGGAUACUCUGGAUCACCAACGAUGGCCGGCUGGCAUUGCCUCCUGGCACGACCAUGACGAUAACGCCUUCUCUGUCGAUGCCGUUUGUAAGGCAUCCGCCGAAGGGGUUCUUGUCUAACGUCUCAGUUAAUUUUCCUUUUACAAGUACACUAAAGUACGAGGUGGAGUUUAAGAUUGAUUUCGACAAAUUGGGUCUCACGGACAAUGAGAACCCCUACGGCACGCUGCCGCCGAUCCUAGCCCGGUCCAUGGGGAGCGCUGCUGCCUCAAUGAUGGCGCAAUAUGUGGGACAGUACUUGGAGAGAAGACGAGGGAAGAGGGCAGCAGAUGUGCCCCCGGAGGUGGAAACGGCGAUAUUAGACCGAUUGCAUGGAGGAGAGAGAGCCAUAAUGUACAGCAUCGCAGAGGACAUGUUCGCCAACUUCGGGAUGGAAGGCCGGGAGUGCCUCCUGCGCGCCAUCUGCGAGAUCCACGCGCACCCUCUUACCAACUUUGGCUUCCUUGGGGAAGUUAUGAAGCUGUUCUUCACGCCAAGCAAAUCUCCAUAUGCAACUCUGCUGUCAGAGUAUGUAGAAGCCCAAAAAGCAGGUGAAAAGGGCGGCGAAUGUUGGCCAUACUACCGGCUCUGCCCUCGGAGCAUCUUUCAACCCUCACCCAACAAAUACUCGAAAGACGCAGAGGAUCUACACAGGCGGCAAGAACACGACAACAUAGACAACAAUAUUGAUAUAGACGGAAUACGAGCGAUGUAGUGAACGGGCGAAACCAGGAUUGGAUCUAGGAUCUAGCCAAUGCAAGCUUGCUAUAUGUUCUAUUGUAAAACCAGUCAUCGGAUUUUAUUGAAGAAUUCAGAUAGAUUUUGCGAUAAAAGUUAUAACCAAUUAGAAAGAAAGGAAGGAACCGAAAAGAUUAACAUAAUCCAAAGACGAGGACAACGUUUCUGAUAUUGUAAAAGUUUUAAUGCCAAGCGUAAGGGCCACCCCACAUUAGCGUUUCCAGAGCGUCGGCAAUCUAGUCAACUCUAUGGAUGCUGCUUGACGCAGGGCAGCGACGCCAUUUUCCAUGGUGCUGACUAGACGCCGACGCUCAAAAACGCUAGUGUGGUGGCUUUUAUGAUGCCUCCCUUUUAAGAAAGCCAGUCCGCUAGGUUCUAGAUCUGGUCUUGGAUUAAGUGCCAGUAAAUUGUCCCAAAAUUAGUGUAGUCUCCGACCAAAGUUGAUCGUAAUUAGUCUAAAUUAUUUAUUCAUUAGUGCCAUUCCGUGAUGCAUUUAUCUCGACACUCUUUACAGUUUUGUCGACCGUUUCGAUACUACAUGUUUUCAUAUAACUUAAUGCUUUUAUCAAUUUGUCACAAGUUUGAGCUAUCUGUAUAAUAUAUUGUAAAAAUGAGAAGCUCUUUAUGAAUGAGGUUUUGAUAUACACUCUACUAUCUUUGUGUUAAGUAUGUUUUAUUAUUCAAAUGUUUUACUGUUGAGUUUUAAGUUCGAAUGUCAAAGUCCUACGUGGCUAGUGAUUUUUGUAAAUUGAGUAUGUUUAAGUCAUUAAAUAAGAGUAUUUUAAUAAAUGUUAUUAGUAAAGUUUUA